AUGGACCACUUGAAGCGAUAUCUUACCCCGGGUGACCUUGAAGAAGCUCUCGGUCGCUUGCCCCGUGAGAGGAUCGGACUGGGGAAGGUAUAUGAUCAGGCAAUCGACAGAAUUAAAUCUCAAUCUGAACCGUGCUGGCAAAUGGCAAUGAGAGUAUUGUCUUGGUUGACCUACUGCAAGCGAGCACUCUCUGCCAAGGAGCUUCAACAUGCGCUUGGGACUCGCUCUGGCCAAAGGGAUUUGGACCGGAGGUCCUUGCCGGAUAUUGACAUUAUUGAUUCAGUCUGCGCCGGCUUGGUUGUUUUCGAUCAAAAUACCAGACGAAUUCGCUUGGUUCACUACACAACGAAGGAGUAUCUCUUAGGGCACCCUUCCUUUCGCAAUUCGGAAGCAGAAAUUACCCAGACAUCUCUCACAUAUCUUUCCUUCGAGGCUUUCUCGAGUGGACGCUGUACAAGCCCCAACGAUUAUAAACAUCGACAAGAACUUUAUCCUCUUCAUCAUUACUGUGCGAAAUAUUGGACAGCACAUGCCUCAGCGGCUCUGGAUACAUCGAAAGAAUUAAUGACGCCUAUCAUUGCAUUUUUGGAGAAAGAAUCAAAUGUCCAUGCGGCUGGUCAAGCCGUGACGGUCCAUUCUGUCCUAGGUUAUAGACCGCAUUGGCCAGAUUGGGUUGAAUUUUUCCCACCUCGAAUGACGAAGGUAGGUCUCGCAGCUCACAGUGAUUCAACAAGCAUCAUUACCGAGUAUAUACGUCAAAAUCAGGACGUGGAUAUCCGAGACCCCAGAGGCAGAACGCCGCUUGCCUAUGCUGCUAAAGCCGGCCAUCUUGACACUACCAGAGUUCUUCUCGAACCACAGCGUGCCAAUCCCAGCUGGGAGAUGUACGGUCGAACACCUCUAUUACAUGCAGCUUCUGGGGGAUAUGAAGAUGUAGGCCACGUCCUCAUUCAAUACGGGGCAUGCCUAAAUUAUAAGGAUGGAUUUGGUUACGAUGCAUCAUGUGCUGCUGCUUCGUCUGGAGAUAUUGAGACAAUGCGACUUCUACUUGAUCACGAUGCUCAAAUCAAUCAACGGGGCCUGUCUAAUCGUAGAGAUGGUGGUUCUCCUUUCAUGGACGCCCGGUGUCCAGGAAAUAAAGAUGCUGCUCUAUUCCUGGAAAGGGGAGCGGGUCCCGACUUUUCUAAUAAAGGCGGGGAUAGGAUUCUAUCAGCAGCAGCACGCAACAAUGAUGAAGAGCUGGUAAAGCUACUCCUUGAAAGAGGAGACCAGGUUGACCGCAAAGACAAUGUUGGCGCCACCCCCUUUGAAUACGCUGUAGGGAGAGGGUUUCUUGGCAUAAUGCAGCAACUUAUCAAGGCUGGCGCUGAUGUUAAUAUGCAAAAAUACCACCGGGCAGAGUGUGCUUCUGAUGGCAUGCCAUCCGGUAGGAGGCCAUAA